AUGGCAGCUAGGGACCGCUUUGGUGGUGUCUACGCUGACCUGGGCCUGACACCACUGCAGCGAGCGAUUCGAAAUGCCUGCGACAUCUCCCACUACGAACCGAACCUCGCCCUGAACCUCGAAGUUGCGGACCUGGUCAACUCCAAAAAAGGCAAUGCUCCCCGGGAGGCCGCCCUCGAGAUCGUCCGUCUGAUCAACUCGCGGAACCAGAAUGUCGCGCUGCUGGCGCUAUCGCUUCUCGAUAUCUGCGUCAAGAACUGCGGUUACCCCUUUCAACUCCAAAUCAGCACGAAGGAGUUCCUGAAUGAGUUGGUGCGCCGGUUCCCCGAGAGGCCGUCUCUGCGUCCCUCGAGAGUUCAACAUCGCAUUCUGGAAUCGAUCGAAGAAUGGCGUCAGACCAUCUGCCAAACGUCCCGAUACAAGGAAGAUUUAGGUUUUAUCCGGGAUAUGCACCGUCUUCUUCUCUACAAGGGCUACGUCUUCCCGGAGAUUCGCCUGGAAGAUGCCGCCGUCCUGAAUCCCAGCGACAACCUCCGGUCGGCAGAGGAAAUGGAGGAGGAAGAGCGGGAGGCUCAAUCGGCCAAGUUGCAGGAACUUAUCCGACGAGGCACGCCGGCGGAUCUACAGGAGGCCAACCGGCUGAUGAAGGUAAUGGCCGGGUUCGACAACCGUCACAAAACCGACUACCGAGCCAAAGCGGCGGAAGAAGUGGCCAGGGUGCAGCAGAAGGCCAAGAUCCUGGAAGAGAUGCUACAGAGCCAGCAGCCGGGAGAUCGGGUCGCCGAAGGAGACGUGUUCGAGGAACUUGCCAACGCCCUGCAAAGCGCACACCCUAAGAUCCAAAAGAUGUGUGAGGAAGAGUCAGACGACCCUGAGGCCGUGAGCAAACUGCUGGAAAUCAACGAUAGCAUACAUCGCACCAUUGAACGGUACAAGCUUGUCAAGAAAGGUGAUCUUGAGGCUGCAUCGCGGAUCCCCAAGGGUACGCUGGGCACGACGACCGGAGUGUCGAAGAACGCCAACAACGAGCUGUCGUUGAUCGAUUUCGACCCGGAACCCAGCCCCAACGGCAAUGCACCGCAGGCGGCCGCAGGUGGUAGCUCGUUGGAGAAUGAUCUUCUCGGACUGUCGAUAGAUGAGCCAGCCCCUAUGGGAGGAGGAAUCUCGCUGGGACCUUCCAACCCGCCAGCGGCCUCUGCCACGCCACCCGUCCAACAGGCCCCCGGCGGAUUCCAACCCAAUUACGAUAUUCUAUCCUCGUUGAACUCAUCGCAACCAAUCUCGCAAUCACCGUCGCCCCGGCCAGGACCGUCGCUGUCCCAGUCCCAGCCGCAGCCCCAGAACACAGCCACUCCGCCGCCGCCGGCGUCGGUCGACCCGUUCGCGUCGCUGGUGUCGGCCAGUCCCCGUCAUGCAAGCCCAUUCCCGUCCCAGAGCCCCAAGCCGGCGCAACCCGCAGCGGCCGGCGUGGCGAAGGAGGACGACGAGUGGAAUUUCGCCUCGUCGCUGCCGGAAACGAGCGCCCUGCCCAGCGUGAACCGGGUGCAGGUGCUGAACACGUCGCUGCGGAUUGAAUUCGUGGCGCGACGACAUCCGCAACAACCUCGAUUAAUUCAUGUGGUGGCCUUGUUCUCCAACGCCACGUCCCAGCCAUUGAAUGAGCUUCAUUUCCAGGUGGCCGUUGAGAAGUCAUACACAUUACAGUUGCGGCCGCAAUCGGGACGGGACGUGGGCCCUCAGCAGACCAACGGGGUGCAGCAGGAGAUGCUGGUGGACGGAGUCGAGACAGGCAAGGGCAACUCAAUUAAGAUGCGAUUCAAGGUGUCGUACCGGAUGGGCAACGAGCGGAAAGAGGAGCAGGGCAUGGUGCCGGCGCUGGGGAUUGCCUAG